AUGAAUCUAAACGAACUAGCUGUACCUAAAACUCCUUUUUCUACAUAUAGAAAUAGCCGUUCUCCUUUUAUGUCUAAUCAAAGCCCAAUUCCCAGCAACACCCUUGAAAAGCCUGCUCGAUUAAGUCUUAAUAAAUCAGGAUCUUUAUCAAAGCUAGGAGGCAGCAUAGUUUCAAGUCCAAGCCCUCGCCCUCGCCCUCAAGAUUUAAACUCUGUAACUAUGAGAAAACCAGCCCUCAGUACUUCUCAAAGUAUUCAAAAUCUUGAUAACAUCACCAUUCUUGAUACAUUUCAAAGUAACCAGCUUCCUCCAAUUCACGAAUCUAAUCUUUCAGGCCCAGCAUUUAAAGGAGUUCCUACUCACCGAACAAUUUUCCUUGACAAGCGUGCAUCUCCAUUACUAAAUGUAGGCUAUGGCGGUGUAGAAAAGCCUCAUUUUGACUUAAAUCCUUUAUAUACAAGUACUCAUUACAGAGAACGCCAAGUAGCACCAAUCGCGCCUCCUCGUGAAAAAAUCAGAGCGAUAUUUGCCAUUUACUAUUUAGGAAGAGGCUUUAACGCAGUAACUAAUACCUUUGGAAGGCCAAAUGGUCUUGGGAUCCUCUUAUCCCCUGACUUAUGUUUGACUACUCAUUCAGUUCUCCCUGAUGAAGAAUCUGCUAAAAAUUCAUAUGCACAAUUCAGAGAUAGCGAAGUUUUUAAAUUUGACCCUCAAAGGUGUUUUGUGACAUCGAGCAAUCAUGAGUUUACGCUGGUGGCAUUCCAAUCUCAAUCUGGAAAUGCUUUACAGUAUUUUAAGCCAAUUCACAUUACAGAGCCAUUGUCUCUUCAUAUUGAAGAUGCAGUUGCUUUUUUCCCAUAUGAUGCACAUGCUGUAAAAAAAGUAGCAGCAAUUGAAAAAAAUUAUUUUACUUUUACGUCAGGUAAAAAAGAAGAUUUAUUGCCGGGGACUGCAGUGUUUUCGUCCACGUGGGUAUUCCAAGGGAUGUAUAUAAGGUCAAGUUCUCAUAUAAAUGUGGCGAACCGAAUGGAACAUAUUUUGGCUUAUUUAGAAUCAAUAUUAUCUAUAUAUCCAAAUAGCUUAUUAGAGCAGUUUUUACAUCUAGAUCAUAUGGGAUUUUUAGAGCAGUUUCAUGAUAGAUAUUUAUAUUAUUUUGAAUGGCAUGGGAGAAAUACAUGAAGAUAUGAUUUAGAUUUAGGGGAAUGGGCACAUGUAACCCUCAGAGGUUUAGAAAAUUUAGAAAAUUCUGCUAAAAAUUGGACUUAUAAUUGAAACUCAAGGCUUGUUUAUCUUCCUGAUAUGUCAAUUCUAAUAAUUGGUGGCAAAUCCAAGCAAACAGGCGCAGAAACUAAUGAAGUUUGGCUAUUUUCUCCUGCGAAAUACAACACAUUGAAGAAAAUGACUUCUAUGAUAACUGCAAGAGAAAGCUGUGCUUGUGUGUACAUUGAGAACUAUGUAUAUGUUUUUGGGGGAAAACCAUAUCUUCAAACUUGUGAAAGAUUAUCUCUUGCAAGCCAAAGAUGGACUGAGAUCACUCCUAUGUAUUAUGCAAGAUAUGAGGCAACAGCUUGCCCAGCAUUGGACUCUACACAUAUUUUUGUAUUUGGAGGAGGACCUAUGAAUCCAUCUGGAAAUACAAUUGAAUCAUACUCAAUAAAACAAAAUCAAUGGCAAUUACUUCCUGUAACUAUGCCUAGACCUCUGGUAAAGCUUGCUGUUUUUCCCAUUACGAAUAGAAAAAUCGCUAUUUUGGGCGGCCAUGGAUCUCAUUGAGUUUAUUUAAUGUAUAUUGAAGAUUUAUUAGAUCAGCAAGGAUAUACGUAUAAAAUAGAAGACUGUAUGAAACCUUUGGACGAAACAUUGGAAACAGUAUGGCCUGUAGCCUAUUGUAGAAGAAACAAUAAACUAUAUAUGCUAAAUCUCAAUCGAAGUGGAUAUACAGGGGUAACUCCUGGUGUCGUCGAAUAUCCUUUAGAAUAUUUCGACAUGGGCCAAGCACUAGAUCGUGAUAUGGAUAUCUUUUCUACUUCCAAGCCUGGAAGAGUGCAAACUCCUAUAUCUUUACAAAGAUUAAUGUAA